CGGCUAUUACAGGAAGCAACCAGAAGCAACUGCAAAGGAGAUCUGAGUCACGUGAUCGUAACAGUGUGCUGAAGACAUGGCGGACAAAGAGGAGACUGGGAAGACCAUCGCCGAAGACUUGGUUGUUACCAAGUAUAAAAUGGCCGGCGAGAUCGUAAAUCGAGUACUGAGACAAGUCUUAGAUAAAUGUGUUAUUGGAUCGUCGGUCAGAGAAAUCUGUGAACUCGGGGAUAAAUUGUUACUCGAAGAGACCAGCAAAGUUUUUAAAAAAGAGAAAGAGUUAAAGAAGGGAAUUGCUUUUCCCACAUGCAUAUCGGUGAACAAUUGCAUUUGUCAUUUCUCACCAAUUGCAAGUGAACCGGAUCUUAUACUUAAAGAUGAAGACAUGGUAAAAGUAGAUCUUGGAGCACAUAUUGAUGGCUUCAUAGCAGUUGUGGCACAUACUAUUGUUAUAGGUUCUUCUUCUACGAAGAAAGUUACUGGUAGAAAGGCAGAUGUAGUGUUAGCUGCACAUUAUGCAUCUCAAGCUGCCUUGAGGCUUCUUAAACCAGGUACAGAGACUUACACAAUAACAGGAACAGUGGAAAAAAUCUGUGAGGCAUAUAAAUGUAAACCAAUUGAGGGAAUGUUAAGCCAUCAGUUGAAACAAUUUAAAAUAGAUGGAGAAAAAACUAUAAUUCAAAAUCCAAAUGAUGCACAGAAAAAAGACCAUGAAAAAUAUACCCUUGAAACUCAUGAGGUAUAUGCUAUGGACGUACUGGUUAGCACUGGUGAAGGUGUAGGCAGAGAACAAGAUACUCGAGUUACUAUAUUUAAGAAAACAGAGGAAACGUAUCAGCUGAAGUUAAAAGCAUCGCGUAUGUUUUACUCUGAAGUUACUCAUAAACAUGGUCUAAUGCCAUUUAACUUACGCACUUUCGAAGACGAGAAGAAAGCAAAAAUGGCAGUCAUGGAAUGCGUGAAUCACAGGUUGAUCGAACCAUUCCAAGUAUUGUACGAAAAGCCAAAUGAAUUCGCUGCACAAUUCAAAUUUACAGUCCUGUUAAUGCCCAAUGGGCCACAUAAAAUUACGGGUCUUCCCUUUGACCUUGAUACGUACCAGUCCGAUUGUGUCGUCGAAGAUCCUGAACUGAAGACGCUUUUGUAUACCUCGGCAAACCCGAAGUCUGCAAAGAAGAAGAAAAAGAAGGCCGAGAAGGCAGUAGGCGAAGUGGCAAUGGAAGUUGACGCCAAGGCCUAACACAACCAUUUUAGCGUUCAUCAUGACGUAUUAACAUCGUGCACAUACGUUACUUUUUGUUUAGCAGCUUCAGAGCAGAAAGUAGACACUUGCCCCCACCUUCACCGUACCUCAAUACUUGUUCCUUUUUUGGAACGCAUAAUUUACAAAUUGUGAUUUCCCAUAUCAUCAUGCCCAACAUACAAAAAUUAUAGCUGUUUGUCUCGAGCACUUAUCUAUAUCCGUAUCAGUUCCGAAAGUGUCGAGUUCUGCCCUGAACGAAUCAGACUUUUGUGACACAUUAUGUCGCCACUUAUUGACAUUUACGUUUUUAUACCGGAAUAUCUUUUAAUGGACCAUGGUAUUAUUAUACACUGAACGAUAAUUAUUCAUAAGACAUUUUGCAGCUUACGUAUUACAUUUCAAGCAUGUGAACUUACUUCGCAAAUAAUGUUCGGACUAUAUACGACUAUGUUGUGCGAAUUAGAUCGAUCGAGCCAGAAAGCGAGUCGCACGUGCAUUCAUAUUGUGUUUCUUUCGUGGAAGAAACAACAAUGAAGUAUGAUUUUCAUUUCGUACACAUUUUUUGUAACAGAAACUAUAUUGUGUUAAAAUAUCUACUUAAAAUUUCGUUGCAUUAAAAGAAAAAUUCUUUUAACAGAA